AUGGGUUGUAUCUACUCCAAGUCACUCUCCGCCGGCGAUCUCCACGUCUUCUCCGGCAACAAAGGGCCCAUUUCUGGCACCGACGAUGGUGAUCUUCCCACUCACUCGGUAUUCCUCACCUCUUCCACCUACGGCGUUCUCAACCUCGAUCCCUUCGAGAACCAAAAGAGUGUAGCCUUUUCCCCUAAUGAAUUUCCCAUCCUCUUUCCCGAAUCCAAAAAGACGUCUUUUGUGGAUCGGUCACCAGAGAUCAUCAACUGGGUGCUGGUAGAAGAUCCUCAAGAUGCCGGAACUCCCCAUUGCUCGCCGCAGAAGAAAACCACGAAACGGCCACCUGCCGUGCUUAGCCCAUCUCCCAAAAUACAGGGGAAGUUCAUCGGAAAAGAGAACAGAACUCCCCGUCCCAGAACUCCAGUUACCGACCACAAUCGAGUCCUGAAAACUCUAAUUUUCUCAGAAAACAAGAAGUCUGGAUCUAGACGGAGCUCAUCUCCGCUGUUCGAUCCUGAACUCGUGGCUUCCUUCGAGCAAGAGCUCGAUUCCGAAUCUGAACAGAUCAAGAAAAUGGUUUCCCCAAGAAACUGGAAAAAAGAAGAUAGAUCGAGCAGUUUUCUUUUCUCGUUUGAAGAAAAUUGCCCGCCUGGGGGAGAGAAUGCAGUGGUGCUCUAUACAACUAGUCUGAGAGGGAUUAGAAAGACUUACGAAGACUGCAAUUUGGUUCGUUCGGUGAUUGAAUCUUAUAAUGUCUAUGUUAUUGAAAGAGAUGUUUCCAUGGAUUUAGGGUUUAGAGAGGAGCUGAGGAAGUUAUUGGGAGGGACUAAAGAGGUAAAAAUGCCAGUUUUAUUUGUGAAGGGGAGAAUGGUGGGUGGAGCUGAUGAAGUAUUGAAGCUUGAUGAAGAGAGAAAAUUGGAGAUUUUAAUGGAGGGUGUUCCUAAGGCUGUGAUGAGUUGUUCGGAAUGUGGUGGGUUGAGAUUUGUCAUGUGUAAGGAGUGUAAUGGGAGUUGUAAAGUUUUAGAUGAGGGUGAGAAGAAGAAGAAGUGUGGUUUUUGUAAUGAGAAUGGGUUGGUUUAUUGCUUCUCAUGUAGCAAAUAG